AUGAGGCCGACACUCCGUUCGAGCUCAGGCGGAGCUCGCUACCCGUACCCGAAGGAAGUCUGGACGCCAUCAGGUGGCUGGUGGACGAGGCCUGCAAAUUGGAAAUCGAACACCGCCCUCGUCGGCGCAAGCAUGGUCUUCAUCUGCUACGGGAUAUGGCAGUACUCUGCAGCCGCCGAGGUGGGUGCACUGCUUCUACAAGGGUGGCCGGUGGCAUGGCAGGCUGACACGGACAUGACAGGUCAGGCACAAUCCGCCAACGCGGUGGAUCCCAUCGAUGCUAUGGGCAAAGCAGUUCACUUCGGGCAAGAUGGGCAUCAAGGACGAGGCGAGUACGGGCAGUGGGCAGCAUUGAUCGCUCGCGCCGCCCUCAUGAUAGCUUACUCGCGCAAGGAUGCAUUGUAUACGGCAGCCAGAAUGAAGCGUGGCAGGCCGCUGGUCCCAGCGUGUCUCUACGACGCCACUGGUCACUCGCGCAAGGUCGACGUUGACCUACAGCUCUAUCGGCAGUCAUCGACCGUGCGCGCUGUAGCCGAGGCGACUUGUCUCGCCUCAGCCUGCCAUACGCUGAGCGAGGCCACCGGAGCUCCUUCGCUCUCGUCGCCCACUCUGCAGAUCUGGACGUAUCCGCCCCAUCAAAGCUUGAACGCAAGGAACACAGCUGCGGGAUGUACUAGGCAGCAAAGCAAGAUGCCAAGUUCGAGCAGCGAUGAAAGGCCCGGGAUGAUCAUCACACCAGAGUUGAUCAGGCCUAGGACCAACUUGCAGAACCUCGCUUCCACUAUUCAGACCUGGUCAUCUGCCGUGCACAGCCUGCCACUGAGAACCUCGCUCAGAUCAUCGUCAGGCUCCGGCAGGCAAGCCGGCUUCUCAGCGAGCCUGCCGCCACUCGAUCCUCCUGAACACUCGGACCAGCUUGACCCCUUCGCGGAGCUUGAGCGGCAAAGUCAGGAUGAAGGGGAUAAACCCAUUGUACCGGAGCUGCCGCCAAGCGCUCGCGUCCGAUGGGCCAAAUGGCACCCGCUCAAGCGACGUCGGCUCUUGCUCGUCAUGCAGACAUCCGGCCUCCUUCAGGCCUGGGAGACCUCUGAUCUCAGACGCAUACGACUCGCCUUCUCUCUCGAUCUCAAAGAUCUGAAACUCAACACAGAUGGCAGCGAUGCCAUCGUUGUGCCUUUCUAUUCCGUAGACGAUCCUGAUGCGUUACGUAUGGCGAUCGCAAAUCGAGGCAUGCCUGCUCAACUGAUUCUGUACGAUUCGGCCACCUCAGCACAAGUCGCAUCGACAUCUUUGCCCGGUAAGAUAGUGGAUAUGCAGGUCAACCAUCGAUAUAUCGCCUUGGCUUGCGAGCGACCCAUGCCGUCCAUACAUGUCUUUGCGCUUGACACGCUCGAAAGCCUACCGCGUUUCCCAAUCAUGGACGUGCCCAGCAAGCCUAUCUUUUGCCUAGGUCUGAAGCGUCAGCUAGCCUAUGCAACCACUAUCGCUCUCCCUCGCACUGCUGGCUCAGGCAUCAUCGGACGAACGGCCUCGGGACCCUUUGAGCAACAAGAGUCAGGCCCAAACCGUUCACUGACGCAGACUGCGCUCGGUGUCACAGGUGCACAAGCGACGCAGACCGCCAGGCGGCUCAGCGAAGGCGUCUUCAACAACGUCAGGGCAACGCUCAACAAGUGGAACGCGCCCGAGCCACUCGCCGGCAUUCCUCCUGCAUCGUCAUCUUAUUCUCGUUCGGCGCCCACCACCGGGGCAAGUCCAGCGGAGCUAGCGACGUAUCAGGAAGAUGCGGCGUACGACUUCGGCUUUGUCAAAGUGAUCGACAUCGAGCGCAGCCAGCCGGGGCCCGAAGACGAACGAGACAAAGCGGCAGCACCUGCUGUGCUCUCCCAUUUUCGUCCGACUCAUUCUGCUCUUGCACUGCUCAGCCUGAGCCCGUCUGGCAAUAUGCUGCUUACUGCCUCAGUGCAAGGUCGUUCCUUCACUAUCUUUGAGCUCAGGCAGCCCAGCUUCAGCUCUUCAUCGCCCGGCAAGGUCUGGCAUCGGUAUACUCUCAACCGGGGCAUGACAGUUGCGAAUGUGACGGCGGCUUCUUGGUCGGCUGAUGCUCGUCACGUCACGUUGGCAACUACACGUGGCACCCUGCAUAUGUAUGCGAUCCAGAUGCUCGGCGGUGCACCGACCCCUUUUACGCAUGCGUCAACCAUGCUGAUCAAUUCAGAAGACAUGGCGCCUUUAUCGAUCGUCAGCUCGACUGUCGCGCGUAUGCAACGGACACAAGCUGCAGUCGAUCCCACUUCGACACCGACGCCUCCCGUUGCACAGUCUCUCAUCUUUACAGGCUAUAACGAAGCCCUCUUGCAAGAUACGGAAUUUGCAGCUCAUUUCUCGGCUAUAACGCAGCGUAACCCUUCAUCAGCAUGCUUCUUUGUUGCCUUUGACCCCAUCCACAGCUUGCUGCAGCUCUAUGGCAUGCACUAUGCAUCACCAGUCACCGUCGGCAUCUCGUCAGAGGUCGUCGCUGGCGCUAGAUCAGGUCUGACGCAGAUGAUGCGCACUCACCUACCAGAAGGAGCACUCGCAUUGACGGCAAGCAUCACACCCUGUGCUGCAUGGUCGCUGGCUCCCGCUUUGGGCGAAACCGCGCAGCUUGUUGCGGACCAGCCGAGCGAAAGCGAUCGCCUAGCUCGAAAGACCAACUGGACUGCCGAAGCUGAGUUGGAGACGUACAGUUCUUCGCCUCUCGUGCUGCCAAAAUCGAUCUAUCUUUCCCAUCAAUUCGACUUUGCCGUGCUUCAUGGCAGUUUAGCGCUAGCGGAACUCAGCAAAGGCAUAUUUGCCUUCCAAUCAAGGUCGAUUGAAGUUCGACAGGAUGUCAAGGUCGAUGGCAAGGUUCUAUCAGACGCAGUACCGUCGCCAUACGGCGCGCCGAUCAGGUCUGCAAUGCACACUGUGCUCGACCAAGACCCUACAGUCUUUGGAUCCCUAUCACCCUCGUCUCUCACUCCGACGUUUCCGAAUGGCGCGCGGGGCCGACAUGGCAGCUGGCGCGAUUCAGCGCCCACCUUCUCGCAUAUACAAGUCGGCCUUGGCCGGGUAAGGCGGGAGCUAGAACGUGCGGCCACGACGAGUACCCGUCGGCUAUCCCGCGAGGGUCGUACAACGAGCGAAAUCAGCGUCAGCUUCGAAGAUGACGAUGCUAUACUUGCAGAAGAAGCCAGAGACCUGCCAGAAUGCAACAGUGCGGCAAACGAUCAUGUCUCGACUCCCAUCACUAGCAUGAGCGAUGGCAAUGAUGUUGCUGAUGACUGGGCGAAAUGGGAGUCUGACUCGCCUGGACGCGAGGAGAAGAAGGAAGUGGCGGCUGCCACUGCACCCAUGGAAAGGCUCUCGCUGGAAGGCGAGGAGGAUUAUGACGAUUUCGCGAUCGGACUCUUUGACGAGCAGCGAAGCUCACUGGCUCGGCCGGACUGGCAAGGCGAUGAGGCGAAGCAAGCUCCGCCAACGAUUGCGACUGACUUUACUGAUGUGCAGCUCGCCUCCGCCACCUCGCCAGGAGCAUCGGUGCCAGCCAAGAUAAUCCCUGGCACACUCAAACCCCACGGCCUUGAUUCACUUUCGAACUCGCCCAGUGGCGCAUCACCUUCAUCUACAGGCAGCAGCGGCUCGAGCAAGUCGGCUCGACGGAAUGCAAAGCGGGCGGGCCGCAAUGUAUAA